GCCGGUCACACUAAUAUCUACAAAGAAAUUAUUGCCACGAAGAACAGAACUUAUUAUUUGUUGGCACAAUUAAAGCGGGGAUAAAGCGCUGAAAAAGUCAGUGCCCGGUUUUGGAAUAGAGCUCGACUGGACGCAUUUAAACGAUGGGCUCGAGCCAUAGCAUCAACGUUCCUGGUGGCGGCACCGAAGGCUACCACGUACUCAAAGUGCAGGACAACUCGCCUGGUCAAAAGGCUGGACUGGAGGCCUUCUUCGAUUUCAUUGUGGCUAUUGCCGGGACACGUUUGGAUCAGGACAAUGAUAUGCUGAAGGAGCUACUGCGCCAGAACGUGGACAAGCCAGUGCGGCUCACCGUUUAUUCCAGCAAGACGCAGACGGUCCGCGAACUGACGCUGACACCGAGCAACAGCUGGGGCGGCCAGGGACUUCUGGGCGUCAGCAUCCGGUUCUGCUCUUUCGAGGGCGCGAACGAGAGCGUCUGGCACAUCCUGGAAGUGCAUCCCAACUCCCCGGCCGAACUUGCGGGAUUGCGGGCCUACAGCGACUAUGUAAUCGGGGCAGAUGCGAUUCGCCACGAGAACGACGACCUGUUCACCCUGAUCGAAACGCACGAGCAGCAGCCUCUCAAGAUGUACGUCUACAAUCUGGAUGAUGACGCUUGCCGCGAGGUCACCAUCAAGCCGAAUACCGCCUGGGGAGGCGAGGGAGCCCUGGGCUGCGGCAUUGGCUUCGGCUAUCUGCAUCGUAUCCCCGUGCAGGCCGAUCCUGUCGCUGGUGGAUCUACACCUUCUGCUGCUGUGGAGUCCUCUGCUCCGCUAUUGACAGCUCCUGGUGGUGGAGCAGCUCCAGCUGGUGUUCCAGUAACGACCGCAGGAUCCGCUGUGGUCGCACCAACGUUGCCUUACAUACCGCCGCUGGCCAAUACUUUUGGAUCCACCAACGCUGAGGUCAGGCCACCCACCAUUGAGCCGCCGGCACAGAGCCUGUUCAAGACCUAUUUCAAUCCGGAUGAAGCCACUGAUGCACUUACCGCAGCGCUGGAGACGCAGGCCAACAUUGCUGAACCCGUUCCAAAUCCGGCUCCAGUCGCUGACGUGUCCGUGGCACAAGUGCAGGUUCCCGCACCAGCGCAACCAUUACCGCCACCAGCCAACAUCUAUAUUCCCGGCGUUUUUGACCCCAGCACACAGCAAAACGCUACUUUCGUUGGCAUACCCGCCGCCCAGCUGCCAUUCCCACAGGCCACGGCAGCGCCAGCGGCUGUGCCCAUGUUCUCUGCACCGCAACAGGCUUAUAUGUCGGCCCCAGCUGCCCUGUCCUAUCCAGCCGGCGCCCAGACAGUGCCGUCGUAUCCACAGGUGCAGCCCUCCAUGGGCGGACUGUUCCCCACGCAGCCAACGCCGCUGCCACCCCAAAUGGCCCAUGUAUUCGCGCCACCAGUACCACCGCAAUCCAGUGCUGCUCCAGUGGCCGACAAUGAACCAUCUGGACCGGCAAUUCACCAGGCCGGCAACUAAGACUUCAACUGGGCCAAUUGACCAAUUGCUAAACCUGGACAAAUUGUCGUUAAGCUUUUAUGUUUGAGAAUCAACUGUUUUGUAUGAUUGCGUUAGCAAAAAUCACAAGUGGCGCAAAGACGUUGGCCAGCUGCAUGCAAAAAUAUGUACAUUGCAUUCAUAAUAAUAAUCUAAAUUAAUUAUAA